AUGAUGCUUCCAUCACUUUCCGAGCUGAUUCAAUGGACAGGAUUGACUGUAUUCGAAUUAUGGCUGCAUGCAGCUUCGCUUUUCGGUUGCCUGGUGAUGCUGGCUCUAAAGGUGCAUCAGAUAUGGACGAUGUCAUAUUGGGUUGUGUUUUCUCCACUUUUUAUCGCCAGUGCCUUCAACUCCUACUUCGUAUUCAUAAUUUUCGUUCGAUCGGUAUUUGAGUACAAGGAUUUCAAAGGACCAGUUCUCAAAUUCGGAUUCAACGUCAUGCGCCUCGCAUUGAUCGCCCUGUUUGAAGUGCUCCUGUGCUACAAAGUUGAAGGUGAUUUCGAACACGGUCAGGUGGCAGUACGUUCAUCUUAUGGUAUUGUUUUCACACCCAUUUGGAUACUUUCUCUCGCAUUAUGUAUACAAACAUGCAGGCUGUUUUGA